AUGGUUUACGACGGCAGCUUCAACAUGCUGUAUGCAGGCGCACGCUACGUGGCCAUGGCCCAGCGUGGCCGGGGUCUUGCCUCCGUGUCCCCUCGCUACGCUGAGGAGGCACAGCUGCGGCACCAGAUGUUCUGGGGCCUCGGGGAGAUCAGAGGCAUCAACAACCCCAAGGACAGGGACCACAGGAACGAGGAGCUGUACAAUCAGCAUCAGCCGCUGUGGGCGACCAAGCGUGAUGCCAAGCGGGCGGCGCAGGAGCGCUUCGGCCUCCGAAUCAACGACGACGCACGGCUCCUUGUCUUCCUCGGCCGGUGGGUGAAGCAGAAGGGCGUGGAUCUCAUCGCCGAUUGCGCGGAGUGGAUGUUGGCCUCCUACCCCAACCUGCAGCUGCUCAUCCUUGGCCCCGAAACCAACGACGACUCCUUCGGAGUCUAUGCCCACCAGUGCCUGAAACGCUUGGCCUCCCAGGCAAAGGCCGGCCAGCGCUUCGACGGACGCCUCCACGUCUCUGGGGAGACGCUCUCCUGA